UUUGAAGCCGAAAGGGAAAAAAAGAAAAAGAAAAAAAGGAAGACUGAGUUAUCAUAGAGAUGUUUGUUUUGUUCUUAGCUUGCAUGCAGUAGACAGAGUUAAUGGGAUACGAAAGCGGACUGUGAAGUGAAGUGAACACAGCUUGAUUCGUGGAAUUCACGGAGCAAGUUGUCUUAUCUGUUGUUCUUGAAUGUAAUCAAAUCAUCACCAUGUUCAAAUAUUUGCAAUUAUUUUGGAAACACUCGAAAUACAUAUAUGAUAUAUAUCCUCCCGACUCCCAAAACGAAAAAGGAUUACAAUCAUUUAUUAUUUCACGGUCCAGCACCAGGCCACAAUCACAAAUUUACAAUCGUGUUUUGUUUUCUCAUUCCAACUCUCAACUCAAUCCAGUCCGAACUGGCUUACCAAGGAAGCCUUAUCAUCAUCACUACCAGUACCAGUGCCAGUAGAAGAAGAGGAUACCAUUUCCUCUCAUCAUGCGUUUGGAAUCUCAAUCUUGUGCCUUCCUUUCCCUCGAAAACCCUCCUUGUUCGUGCCAACCGAUCCAGGAUGAUGAGGAAAGAAGACCCCCGCCCCCCCAAGGUUAUCGAUGCACAGAACAUUUCCAUACGAUCUCACCACAACCCUCCUGCCGUGGAUAAGCUUCAACAACUCCUGUCUACAGGUGGUGGUGGUGGUUCUGGUUGGGACAAGUGCUGGGAGCAAGGUUUGACCCCUUGGGAUUUAGGACAGCCAACGCCUGUGAUUGCGCAUCUUCAUCGUCAGGGUGCUCUUCCCAAGGGCAGGGCUCUUGUCCCUGGUUGUGGCACUGGUUAUGAUGUUGUGGCAAUUGCAUCCCCUGAACGCCAUGUCACUGGAUUGGACAUUUCAGAGAAUGCCAUUAAGAAAGCAGCCGAGUUGUUUUCCUCAAUUCCCGAAGCACGCUAUUAUAGCUUCUUAAAGGUGGACUUUUUCACUUGGCAUCCAACUGAAUUGUUUGAUCUCAUUUUUGAUUAUACGUUCUUCUGUGCUGUUGAACCAGAGAUGAGAUCAGUGUGGGCACGAAAGAUUCGGGAUAUUUUAAAACCAGAUGGGGAGCUCAUAACACUAAUGUUUCCUAUCAGUGAUCAUAUUGGUGGACCCCCUUACAAAGUGUCAGUUUCAGAUUAUGAAGAGGUGUUGCAUCCCAUGGGUUUUAAGGCAACCUCUAUCGUAGACAAUGAACUAGCUGUCCCACCUCGCAAGGGAAGAGAAAAGCUUGGAAGGUGGAAGAGAUCUCUAAGCAAAUCCUCUCUCUGAGAAUGAUCGUUGUAUAUUUUUCGUUUACCCCCAAGAGGUCCAAAAUACCCAACAAGCAUUAACUCUCCCUGAAAAGGAGGUGAUCCAGCCGCACCUUUGGAAACGAGAGGGUGGAGGUGGUGUACGUUUUGAGUCUAUUCCUCUUCCUCAACUUUAUGAGAACGGGAGCUUCGUGCAUUAGGCUGUCUUUUUUUUUCUUUUUCUUUUUUUCUUUUUGGUUUGAAAAGAAAGGAAAAAAGAAUUGGAAUUGAUCAAUUAUGUUAUACUUUUGUUCUUGGUUUUAUAUGUUGAGCAUCAUGUCCUCUCUUUAUUGCUUAUUAUCACUGUUUCAUUUUUUUACAUCAAAUCAAAGCUUUCUAGUCAAGUCAAACAACUAGUUUGUCUUUGCGGGUGGAGGCUGUAAAAAAGGAACUGUGACGAAGAAAGCGGCGGUCGUCAAUCGUCAACUGCUUGGCUUCUCUAACUAAAACUAUGCUUACCAUUUUUUCUUCUUUUCUUAUGAUGAGUGGGUCAUAAACUCUCUCUCUCUCUCUCUCUCUCUCUCUCUCUCUGAACAGAAGCCAUUAGUUUCAGGGGCAUCAACUGUU